AUGAACCAGAUAGAGCCCGGCGUGCAGUACAACUACGUCUACGACGAGGAUGAGUACAUGGUCCAGGAGGAGGAGUGGGACCGCGACCUGCUGCUGGACCCGGCCUGGGAGAAGCAGCAGAGGAAGACCUUCACCGCCUGGUGCAACUCCCACCUGAGGAAAGCUGGCACUCAGAUCGAGAACAUCGAGGAAGACUUUAGGAAUGGCCUGAAGCUCAUGCUGCUUUUGGAAGUCAUCUCAGGGGAGAGGUUGCCCAAACCUGACCGAGGAAAAAUGCGGUUCCACAAAAUCGCUAAUGUCAACAAAGCUUUGGAUUACAUAGCCAGCAAAGGGGUGAAGCUGGUGUCCAUUGGGGCAGAAGAAAUUGUUGACGGCAAUGUGAAAAUGACCCUGGGUAUGAUCUGGACCAUCAUCCUUCGCUUUGCUAUUCAGGAUAUUUCCGUUGAAGAAACAUCUGCCAAAGAGGGUCUGCUGCUGUGGUGUCAGAGGAAGACUGCUCCUUACAGAAACGUGAACAUUCAGAACUUUCAUACCAGCUGGAAAGAUGGCCUUGGACUCUGUGCGCUCAUCCACAGACACCGGCCUUCUCUAAUAGAUCAAAACAAGGAACGCUGUGAUGACCCCGUAGGAAAUAUCAAUCUGGCCAUGGAAAUCGCAGAGAAACACCUGGAUAUUCCUAAAAUGUUGGAUGCUGAAGAUGUAGUAUGCACUGCCCGACCAGAUGAAAGAGCCAUAAUGACUUAUGUUUCCUGUUACUAUCAUGCUUUUGCUGGUGCACAGAAGGCUGAGACAGCGGCUAACAGGAUAUGUAAGGUUCUUGCUGUGAAUCAAGAGAAUGAGAGGCUGAUGGAAGAAUAUGAGAGGCUAGCAAGUGAGCUUUUGGAAUGGAUCCGUCGCACAAUCCCCUGGCUAGAGAACCGGACUCCUGAGAAGACCAUGCAGGCCAUGCAGAAGAAGCUGGAGGACUUCCGGGAUUACCGCCGGAAGCACAAGCCCCCCAAGGUGCAGGAGAAAUGCCAGCUGGAGAUCAACUUCAACACGCUGCAGACCAAGCUGCGGAUCAGCAACCGGCCCGCCUUCAUGCCCUCGGAGGGCAAGAUGGUGUCGGACAUUGCUGGUGCCUGGCAGAGGCUGGAGCAGGCCGAGAAGGGGUACGAGGAGUGGCUGCUCAACGAGAUACGGAGGCUGGAGCGCCUGGAACACCUGGCCGAGAAGUUCAGACAGAAGGCCUCAACGCACGAGACCUGGGCGUACGGCAAAGAGCAGACCUUGCUGCAGAAGGAUUACGAGUCGGCGUCGCUCACGGAGGUGCGGGCGCUGCUGCGGAAGCACGAGGCGUUUGAGAGCGACCUGGCGGCGCACCAGGACCGCGUGGAGCAGAUCGCAGCCAUCGCACAGGAGCUCAAUGAACUGGACUAUCACGACGCUGUGAAUGUCAACGAUCGGUGCCAGAAAAUCUGCGACCAGUGGGACAGGUUGGGAACGCUUACUCAGAAGAGGAGAGAGGCCUUGGAGAGAGCUGAGAAAUUGCUAGAAACCAUCGAUCAGCUUCACCUGGAGUUUGCCAAGAGAGCAGCUCCGUUCAACAACUGGAUGGAGGGUGCGAUGGAGGAUCUGCAGGACAUGUUCAUCGUCCACAGCAUUGAGGAGAUCCAGAGUUUGAUCACUGCCCACGAGCAGUUCAAGGCCACCCUGCCGGAGGCAGAUGGAGAGCGGCAGUCCAUCUUGGCCAUCCAGAAUGAGGUGGAGAAGGUCAUUCAGAGCUACAACCUCAGAAUCAGCUCCAGCAACCCCUACAGCACUGUCACCAUGGAUGAGAUCCGCGCCAAGUGGGACAAGGUGAAGCAGCUGGUGCCCGUCCGUGAUCAGUCGCUGCAGGAGGAGCUGGCUCGCCAGCACGCUAACGAGCGUCUGAGGCGCCAGUUUGCGGCACAGGCCAACGCCAUCGGGCCUUGGAUCCAGAACAAGAUGGAGGAGAUUGCCCGGAGCUCCAUCCAGAUCACAGGAGCCCUGGAAGACCAGAUGAAUCAGCUGAAGCAGUAUGAGCACAACAUCAUCAACUACAAGAACAACAUCGACAAGCUGGAGGGAGACCAUCAGCUCAUCCAGGAGGCCCUGGUCUUUGACAACAAGCACACGAAUUAUACCAUGGAGCACAUCCGUGUUGGAUGGGAGCUGCUGCUCACAACCAUCGCCAGGACCAUCAACGAGGUGGAGACUCAGAUCCUGAUGAGAGACGCCAAGGGCAUCACCCAGGAGCAGAUGAAUGAGUUCAGAGCCUCCUUCAACCACUUCGACAGGAGGAAGAACGGCCUGAUGGAUCAUGAGGAUUUCAGAGCCUGCCUGAUUUCCAUGGGUUAUGAUUUGGUAAGACAGAAACAGGGUGAAGCUGAAUUUGCCCGUAUUAUGACCUUGGUUGAUCCCAAUGGGCAAGGCACGGUCACCUUCCAGUCCUUCAUUGACUUCAUGACUAGGGAGACCGGCGACACCGACACCGCGGAGCAGGUCAUCGCCUCCUUCCGGAUCCUGGCUUCUGAUAAGCCAUACAUCCUGGCAGAGGAGCUGCGUCGGGAGCUGCCCCCAGACCAGGCCCAGUACUGCAUCAAGAGGAUGCCCACCUACACCGGCCCGGGCAGUGUGCCGGGCGCCCUGGAUUACACCGCAUUCUCUUCUGCGCUCUACGGGGAGAGCGAUCUGUGACGCUGAGCUUCUGUAAUCACUGAUCCCAUCAGAACGCAAUAAAAGCUGAAGUCACAGUU